CGCAGAGGAAAGGUGUAUCUACCAUCAGACAGCAUGAGAGCCCUCGUCAUGUUUGUGUGCCUGUCAAUGGGCUGCCUAGCUCAGAGACCAAAGCCAUGCACAUCCCCACCGCUGCUGACUGGAAGCCUCAGUGUGGCCACCCAAAGUGAGAAGUUGAUGGCUUAUGCCAAGUACAGCUAUGACGCACUGAGAAAGCGCAUUCGCCUCAGAGAGUUUGGAUCUUAUAACAAUAAGACCUUCCACUUUGAUGUGCUUUUACUCUUCAGAGAGCGUGUCAUGUAUAAGAUCAACUACAAGAACCAAACAUGUUGCAAGAAGCUACUGAAUGCAGACUUCCACCCCAUGGAGAUCCCACGGAAUGCGUCCCUACUGGGAGAGGUUGUUCUAGGCAGCUCCUCUGGUCCAGGACAGGGACUCCUAGUCAACACCUGGUGGGGAGAGCUGCAAAUGAAGAAGGGACCAGCAAAGUACAUGAGCACUGUCACAGAGUUUGGAUGCAUCCCCGUCAGCACUCUGUAUCAUACCAGUGGAAGUGGAUGGAUGGUGACCAACUUCUUCAACAACGUCAUCGGACUAGUGGACCCUCAACAGCUCAUCCCUCCACGUUUCUGUGAGGGCGCUCAGCUGGAAGAAAGGCUUGAUGAGGAGCCAGUGACCUUCUUCAAUUUGUUUUAAAAUAUAAUAUUUUCAGAAAUUGAGUGCACUGCAAUGAUCACUGUAUAUGACUCUUUACACUGUAUUGUCUCUUUUUUAUGGCAGUCAUUGGUGUAAUCAAUUUGAAUUUAUACAUUUGUUGCGGGUUUGAAACCCUUUUGGGAGUUGGCAGUCUGGACCUUGCUGCAAAAUGCCUGAUUUUGUUCACUGACAUAUAAGUAAGAUAAGUGAGUCGAAGACUCAACCACAAAUCAAAGUUUAUAGACUUAACUUUAAUUAAAUCAAUAUGUUUUACAGUUUUGGGACUGUAAUUUAUGAUUAUUGUCAUUGUUGAUUAAUCUGGGAUUGACUUCAAUUAAUCGAUUGAAGGUUUAGCUUUAAACUAGAAAAUAGUGAAGAACCCUACGGAUUGACCUGAGAAAUAUUAAAAACUGAAAUAAACAUAUUUCAAACCCGA